AUGGAGACAAUUGGUGUUUUUAAAUGGAAAGUGCCAGACUAUUCCAAAUUCACUGUGGAUUUUAAUUCGCAACAAUAUUUGCCCUCUUCAUCAGAUUGUGUCGCGUUAGAAACAUCGGCCGAUAGUUCGUGCUUCCGCUCCUUUUCCAUUCUUGUUUCUGGAAAUGAAGAUAUGCACACCGAAUUGAGGGUACGUUGUGUUGUUGAACUGGCUUUAUUUAUCGAAUUUUAUAUGUCUGAUGAAGACAUAUUUCGUAAAAUGUCUGCACAAAAGAAACACUUAAAAGAUACUGGCAGCCAUUUUGAAGACAUUGCGAAUGAUCGUUCUUUGUUGGAAGCUAUUUAUCAAAAGGAGAUCAUUUCAACUUGCAAACCUUCGUCCGACAGUGGUGUCUUGCAAUUGUUAGCACUUGGUUCCAUCAUCAGGAGAAAAAUUAUGA